CCCAAGCCCUCAUCUAUGCAAGGAUUUCUCUUGUUCGCGUUGUGACACAGUAAAGCUGUUCGGUUUUACGCACUUGGAAAGCUCCUCCUGAAUUUUGGAGAAGUCAAAUUAUGGCCACUUCAGCAUUAAACAUGACAGAGGAGAGCAAGUCAUUAACGGAACAUCCGUGCAGUCCAGAGGCCAGCGAUGGCUCCAUGCGCCAGCACGGAUCAAAUACAGAGUCCCCGAUCUCCCCCGCUGGGUUCGACGCGCACGAAGCAGUGCGCCCGUCGGGGAUUACGCGCAAACCGGAGGGUUUUCCAGAUGAUGAGCGAUUUCCUGCCUGCAUUCGCGACGCGGUAUCGCAGGUGCUUAAAGGCUACGACUGGUCGCUGGUGCCUGUGCCGGGUCAUGGGGAAAGAGGACCGAAGAGCAAACCGCAUGUGAAAAGACCGAUGAACGCGUUCAUGGUUUGGGCACAGGCGGCGCGGAGGAAGCUGGCGGACCAGUAUCCUCAUCUGCACAACGCUGAGCUUAGCAAGACGCUGGGGAAACUGUGGCGGCUUCUCUCUGAAACAGAGCGGCGUCCCUUUGUUGAGGAGGCUGAGAGGCUGAGGCUGCAGCACAAGAAAGACCAUCCGGAUUACAAGUACCAGCCUCGGAGACGCAAGAGUUCCAAACCAGGUCAAGGGGACUGCAGACCUGGAGCAGUCCAGCAGCAUCAGCAUGGCUUUUAUAAGACAGAACCUGGCUUAGCCACAGUAGACGUGCACCUCCAUUACCAUCCGGACAGGCCAGGUCAGGCUCACAGUCCUCCAACACCUCCUACUACCCCUAAAACUGAUCUUAAUAUGGGAGCUAAGCACGAGAGCCACCGGCCUGCGGAUAGCAGCAGCUCUGCUCUUCCUCCCAGCCGACAGAACAUCGACUUCAGUAAAGUGGACAUCUCGGAGCUCAGCACAGACGUCAUCGCCACCAUGGAUGGCUUUGAUGUCCAAGAGUUCGACCAGUAUUUGCCUUCACACAGCCAUGGCAUGGCACUUCCGACCCCGAUGGAAACCAGCAACCCUUCUGGAUCAUUCAUCCCACCUCCAGACAGCCUCCUCCUCUGCGCACCAAAAACAUCUUCCUAUUUCAGCCAAGAUUCCCAAGAGCUGCAUAAGGACAACAGGCAAAAACCUCAGAUUAAAACUGAGCAGAUGAGCCCGAGUGAUUACAACUCCUCACCCUCCUCCUCCACUCCUCCUCCUCCUCCAUCGUCACAUCCACCCCAGUACACCUCCCUGAGCUCAAGCACCUGCCCUUCCUCCACCUCCUCUUCCUCAUCUCCUGCUAAUCAACCAGACUAUGCUGACCUUCAGAGCUCCAGCUUCUACAGUGCAUUUUCUAGUUACCCUGCCGGUCUGUAUCAGUAUCCAUACUUCCACUCCUCCAGCAGGUCUUGUGCUGCACCGCUUAUCAACAGCCUGGCCUUGGUGCCACCUCCACACAGUCCUCCCUCUGGCUGGGAGCAACCUAUCUAUACUACACUCACCAGGCCUUGAAAGGGACAAAAACAUGGCCAUGGAGGCCGAACUGCAACAGAACUGAUUUUUGACUCUUCUUAGAGUAGAAACACAAGCCAAUUAACUGUUUUGAAAUGUUCCAAACUUCACACCAAUGAAAUGCAGGUUUGAAAGUAGCACCUAUUUAAGGCUGAAAGUCUUAACGUUUUAUAGGACUUUUUCCACACAAAAAGUGUCUGAGUAAGCUAGAUUCCUAAUGUUCAUUCAUUUUCACUUGCAAUGAAGCCAUUGCAUUUCUUUUAAAUUAAGUAACGCUUGUUUCCAUGAGGAGUUUUAGUUUUCAGACAAACAAAUUUUUUUCAUUUAUGUACCAGUGAAGAUCAGCACCUUUAAGAGCCCCUUCUUCACUGACAUAUUGUUUAAAUUAAAUCCCACUUCUCAUUGUUGUUUGAACUACAUGGUAAUACAAAGUUUGUUCAGAGUUUUAGCACCAAAUGCUGGUGCAUUAAAUCAUAACUGGUUUAGUUGUCAUUUCUGGUCCAUUAGGUUGUUUACUGUGCACUAGUGCAGCUUCAUCAGGGGUCCAAUUAGUAUAGCUAGAGGAGGCCUGCAGCCUUUGUUGCAACUCCUCCUCUUUGUCCUUUUUAAUAUAUGUUUUUUUUUUCUUCUUUUGACAUGUUUGUGCAUCAAAAACCAUAAAGUGUCAAAAUAACUUAAAUUUAUGAUAUGGCUCCAAAUAUUACUAUAGCUAAAAUCCUCGAACUUCAUGUACUGUAUCCAUAGGUGUUGCUGUAUCAAAG